AUGUCGUUUGAAACAACAGGCACGAUUAACAGCUUCGGUGGCAAGUUGCUGAAGCUUGCACAUGAGUCCAAAGUGACCAACACCCAGAUGAAGUUGAACCUCUACCUGCCACCACAAGCGAGCUCCUCGAAACCUGUCCCCGUCCUCUUCUACCUUGCAGGAUUAACCUGCACCGGCGACAACGGCGCAGAGAAGGGGUUCUUCCAGCACAAAGCAUCAGAGAAGGGCAUUGCGGUGGUAUACCCUGACACGAGCCCUCGAGGUCUCAACAUCCCUGGCGAAGACGAUAGCUAUGACUUCGGCAGCGCAGCCGGCUUCUACAUCGAUGCAACCAAGGAGCCAUGGACAAAGGGCUACAACAUGUACAGCUACAUCACCAAAGAACUUCCAGAGGCACUAUUCAGCCACUUCGAAGAGUUGGAUGGGAACCGCGUAUCCAUCACGGGACACAGCAUGGGUGGCCACGGCGCCUUGACACUGUACCUGCGAAACCCAGGCAAAUACAAGUCCGUGUCCGCCUUCGCACCCAUCUCCAACCCAUCCAAGUGUCCCUGGGGCGAGAAGGCCUUCGGCGGCUACUUCGGCGACGACAACAAGUCCAAAUGGGCCGAGCACGACGCCACGGAACUCAUCUCCAAAUUCCCCAACGACACCGACAUCCUCAUCGACGUAGGCACCGGCGACAACUUCUACAAGCAAGGCCAGCUGCUACCGGAGAACCUCGAAGAGGCGGCGAAGAAGGCCGGGAAGAAGGUCAACGUGCGGUAUCAGGAUGGCUACGAUCACAGCUACUUCUUCAUCAGCACGUUCUCGGAUGACCAUGUGGAGCACGCGGCCAAGUAUCUGCUUGCAUAG